CUUGACCUUCCAUGGUAUUCUAAUUUGGCGCAAUGGGUCGCUCACAGGUGUUAUUCAAUCGCACCAAAGGCCGUGGUCGUGGACGGGGCGGCGGCGCGGGAGGUCGAGGAAGAGGGCAGCGCCAGCGCCAGGCGGAUGCCGCUUCUUUCACCGCAGCGCCGUCCGCGAAGAAUUCCGCCUCGACCUCACCGCACGACUCCCAAACGCGACGAGAAGAUGCGGCCGACAUUAUACUGCAAAUGCACGACAACGCGACUUCACUGGCUAUUUCGCGAAUUCCUGUCGAGGAAAAAGGGGACAACGAGCUGCUAAAUUGGCGUGAUUCGAGUACCCUGGAUGUGAAGUCGCUAUCCGUGUGUUUGCAGCAGAUGCCCUUGCACGAGACCUGGAGAAUGCCUAAACAUUUGCUCGCUACUCUUUUUGUGGACGGAUCGAUAGAGCAAAAGCGGUUGCUUUCGGAAGAUCGUCGCAUUUCGGAAGAAGCAGAAGAACGUGACGAAGAAGGGGAUGUUGCGCUAGACGAAUUGGAACACGAAUCCGAGAUGCCGAAUGAGGGAAAGAAUCCGCAAGAAUCCUUGCUGGUGGCCUCCUCUAGCCAACUUAAAGAAGCAACACAAAAGUCGAGCGGAUCCUACGAUCCUUUUGCACAACAAGUACAUUCGAGCAUCGGCCUGGUCGGCACUGGAACAGCCACGAUAGAUAAGAAAGUUGGCAUCCUGCCCACAGUUUCUUCUAGCAAAGCCGAAGACACGGGAGUUUGGCUAGGACCCAAUCUUCGUACGGAUACGUUCAAAUCGACAGGAGAGAACAGCACUGAAUCGGCAGUGCCUCCAAGUGCUAUUGAUGAAGAUGGGUUGGAGGAUUGGCUUGAUCAACUGAUUUCCUAG